GGCAUGGAGCAGGACUAUGGAAACCACCAAGAAGGCAGGGGGCCAAGAUUCAUCAGGCCCCCAGGGCCAGCCCUCUUCCAGCAGCCAGCAAACAGGGGGUGGCCUCAAAGGAUCCCAUGGAUCAUGUAUAAGCUCAGGAUCUCUAAACUUCAAGCAGAGAUUGUCAUCAUUCGCCGAGGCCACCACUGAUGAGGCCUGUGGCCCAGCUUCCCAGGCCCACAUCCCUGAAUCCAUUCACCAGGUACACCAGGACCCAGCUCAGCUUAGCUCCCCGGGCAGCUAUGAGCAGGCCUCCCAGGAUACCCCAAGACUCUCUUCAGCUAGUGUAUUUUCAAGCCACACCAUGGGAGCCCAACAGCAUCUGGUGAUGGAUGAUGGGACUCUGAAUCAACCGGUGUGCAUGCGUAGAAACAGCACUAGUGACAUGACCCAGCAUGGAUCCUGCUGCUCCUGGCUUCAGGUGCAUCUUGGGCGGGAGGGCAAGGCUCCAGCUAAAGUCCUGGUAGGCUGGGGUAAGGGCCCCUGCAACACUGAUCAUAUGGCACCUGUGGGCACCAGGAAGAGUCGACGGCUACCCUACUUCCCCUCAGGAAAGGAUGGUGUAGCUAAAGACCAAAGUCUUCUGGCUUCAGCACAGUCUCCAGCCCAAGAUCAGGAGCAGGGCAAGAGCCCAUGUCCAACUCUGACUCCUGUCCUAGGUACAACUUCUCCACUGUUGCCAGCUUCUCCAACUCCAGCUCAGGCUGCUAAUUCAGCUCUGCAUUCAACUCCUGCAGUCGAACCUUACAACAGUACCCUUGACCACCUGACUAGUCACAUUGCUGGCCUAUCUCAAGACACAUCACUCAAGAGAUAUGGCAAUGAAAAUUCAAUCCUCUCAGCAUCUGGCCAGGACAAAGUGAACGUCUACUCUAAUGGAGAGCCUCCUACCACAGUACCUACUCCAAAAAUGUUCUCAGACCUUGCCCAGGAGUACAAGGUUACCGGAAGGCAAGUGCUAUCUGAGCAGUCUGAAAAUCUGGGAGAGAAGCCUUUGGUCUAUACCCCUAGCUCACCAGAGCCCCAACGUACGCCCAAGUCCCAAAGAAAUAACCAGAAGAUUUGCAGCUCUCAGCUAGACAAGCAACUCUCGAGUAUCUGCAACAGCAAUGGCUCCAAAGUGCCACUGUCUGCCUACCAAGUAACCUGCCAAAAGCAGUUACCACCUCAGUCUCCCAUGGAAGCCAUGCAGAUCCCCACUUCCAGUGCCCCUACUUGUCAGCUCCAGGAAGGUGUGGAAGACUGUGUGCUGGUGUUUGAUAUGGCCACAGGCAACACCAGGAUGGGGCUGCUGUGCCAUGACCCUAUGGGCUCCCGGGCAGUGCUGGUGGGCCUCAUGCCUAGCCAACCAUCUAUCUGUGCCACUGAAAAUAUCCUGCCCACACCACCACCAGCCAGGCCCAUUCUCUCCCCUACCAGCAAUAAUUCCAGCUUGUGGUCCACCACAGCCAUGUUGUCUAGCCCUGUGCCUUCUAGCCUUUCAUCUGGCAGCUACCGAGAAAUAGCCCUGCUUCCCAAGGAAGCCAGACUCAAUCUGAAUUCACAGAACUCCCCUAAUACUGAGACACCCACCAGGGUUGGGAUGCUCACUGGACCUGUUUCACUGGGAAGAUCCUUCCAAUUUGGUGGGGCGAUACCUACUCAUAUUCCUAAUCCUGACUUACCCAAACCUAAUGCCAAAGAAAAUGAACUUAGUCAGACUAUCUGGAUGUUGGAAUCCUCUAAGAUGCCAAAUACCUCCCAGGUCCAGACCAAGGAACUGCCAUGUAUGAACUCUGCUUCACCAGCCAAUAUCCAGGUGGUACCCACAUCUCUGUUCCAGCAGGAUGUAAGUCGCAACAACCAGAAAGACAACAUUACCACUCACUCCAAUAACGCUCAGGCUGAAGAAGUUGUGCAGGCCCUUAUCACUGGUCAGGUCUUCCACAAUGGGAACCUUGCUAGGCAGCUACCUGUAACUGAACAGGGCUUGCUCACUGGUCAUACCCCUUCUACCAGGCAGACCACCCUUACUAGUCAGUCCCAUUUCACUGCACAGACUCCUCCCUUGGGCCAGACUCCUCUUGCCAGGCAGCUGUCUUUCCCUGAGCAGACACUCUUCACCAGGAAGCCCCUCAUCAUCAACUAUCCCACCAUCUCAAGAAGGCACCUUACCUCUGAGGAGUCUGGCCAGCUCUCCAUCCAGGAUGGUGAGCCCUUGGGCCCAGCUACCCAUGUAGGGGUACUUCAAGUUCCCCUGACCCCUGAGGAAACCUCUAGCCAUAUGAACAGAGACAAAGUUGGCAUCGGUAGCACUCAAAACCCCAGUAUACAUCAGCAAUCUGGCAGCUGUUUAAAGGUCCAGGAGGAACAGCUUUCUCUGAUCACAUUUACCACACCUGGCACUGGUUGCAAAGUCUUGCCUAUUACCAUGGUGGGCACUGAGAACCAGAGUAGGAGCCAGUUCAAUCUGACAGGUGAGAACGUUACACAUUCAUCAGUGAUUGCACAUCUUGGGCCGCUCCGUGGGGCAUGUUAUGAACUGGUGUCUACCAUGGAUACCCUGCCAAGGCCGUCAUCAGUGUUUUGCCACCACGCAUUGGGCCCCUACCAGGGCAUGGCAGCAGUAGUGAUCGAUACAGGAAUGGGAUUCACCAAAUGUGGACUGGCUGGAGAGGACCAUGUCCUCACUGUGGUACCCUCACAAGUUCAGCUGCUUCAGCACCCAGCCCAGGGCCAACCCCGGUAUGCAGUUUCUGAAAACCAAGACAGCUCCUACCCGGUGCUGAACCGAGGGGUGGUCUCUGACUGGGAUGCAUUAGAAGUGCUGUGGCAGCACCUGUUCUACUGCAGACUAGGGGUACAGCCCGAAGAGCUAGCUGUGCUUGUGGCUGAUUCACCCAUCUCGCCGCGUACCAACCGAGAAAAGGUGGCUGAAAUACUCUUUGAGCAUUUCCAUGUGCCAGCCAUGCAGACAGUGCAUCAGGCCCUACUGGCACUCUAUGCUUAUGGGCGUACCACUGGGCUGGUACUAGGCAGUGGCCAUGGCACCUCCUAUGUGGCACCCAUCCUCACUGGGCAGUUGGCCCCAUCUGAUACCUACCGGCUAGAUGUGGCUGGUGUUGACCUCACUGACUAUCUGGCUCAGCUGCUGCUGGCAGGGGGCCACUCACCACCCAAGACAGGGCUGGUCCAUCAGAUUAAAGAAGCUUGCUGUUAUGUGGCCAUGGAUAUGGCAGCUGAGCUGGCCCACAUCCAGGCACAGGCCCCAGUGGACUUUGUGCUCCCGGACAAGCAGGUUAUCACACUGGGCUCUGAGCGCUUCUGUUGCCCAGAGGCUCUCUUCAAGCCCAAUCUGCUAGGCCUCAACCAGCCAGGCCUUCCACAGCUAGCCCUGCUAAGCAUCAGUCGGCUGGAGACCAAACAACAAGAGCAGCUGCUGGCCAAUGUAGUACUGGACGGGGGCAGCACCCUGUUAAGUGGCUUUCCUGAGCGCCUGAAACAGGAGCUGGGCCCUGGUGCCUCUGUGUUGGGUUCUCCUCACCGUGCAGUUGCUGCCUGGCUUGGGGGCUCCAUCAUGGCAUGCAGGGACUCCUUCAAGAGCCUAUGGCUCAGCCGCCAUGAGUAUGAGGAGGAGGGCCCAUGGGCUAUCUACAAGUACCAGCUGUGA